AGGCCAUUCUUGCCAGGCAGGGAUUGCUGAUAUGGGGGCCUUUCUCUGGUCACUCCUUCUGCUGCUUCGGGAAGUCAAAGGGUUUUCUGGAGAUGAUGAGGACCCUGAGGACGUGGUUGCAGCCCUUCAAGAGUCUAUCAGCCUCUCUCUGGAAAUACCACCCAAUGAAGAGGUUGAGAGCAUCACCUGGUUCUCUCAAAAAAACCUUGCCAUAGUGGUGCCAGGGAAAGAGGGACAGCCGGCCAGCAUCAAUGUGAUGGAUCCUCGCUACAGGGGUCGAGUGGACGUCUUGGAGUCCAGCUACUCUCUGUAUAUCAACAAUCUGACUUGGGAGGACUCGGGACUUUACCAAGCCAAAGUCAACUUGAAGACAUCCCAGUUCUCUAUCACGAAGUCUUACGAUCUCCUUGUCUACCGGCGACUGUCAAAGCCCCAUGUCACUGUGACCUUUAAGAUUUCCGAGGAAGGUGCCUGUAAUAUAUCCCUGAUGUGCUCUGUAGAGAGAGCAGGCAUGGAUGCGACCUACACCUGGUUUUCCUCACAGGACAGCACUAACACUUCUCGUGAAGGCUCUGCCAUCAGUACAUCCUGGAGGCCCGGUGACAGAGCCCUUUCCUACAUUUGUAGGGUCAGCAAUCCCAUCAGCAGCACCAGCUCCCGUCUCAUCCCUGUUGGGUCCUUCUGUGCAGAUCCUGGCUCGCCAGAGAAAUCUCCAAUGUUCUGCCUCCUGGCCAAGGGCUUGCUCCUUCUCUUACUCUUGGUGACUCUAGCUGUGGGACUCUAUGUCUUCCGAGCCCAGAAAAAAUAUGAGAUGUCAAGGGUGAGGAAACUCAAGAGAAACCGAAUUAAACUGAGGAAGAAGAGGAAACCUGGUCCUAGUCCAGGCUCACCAUCCCUGGGGGAUCUCUGUUCUAAGCUCUGACUCCUCUUAGCCUCCAGGGAAAUCAUCUGUGGGGCAGGUGGGAGGGCAGACCAGGGUUAAACACCUGAAAGGACCAUAUUCCCUGAGAGACACCAUCUGGCAAUAAAGUCAAG